AUGUUGGGCUGGUGCCAAGCGAUAGCUCGUAACCCUCACAGACUUCCAAACAGCACAAGAACACCCGAAGUCUCAGGUGAUGCUUCACGUAACUCUACUUUGAAUGACAAAUCUCCAGGGCGAUCCACAAGUCGAUCAAGCAACAUUUCAAAGGCAAGCAGUCCUACAACAGGAACAGCUCCCAGGAGUCAGUCACGGUUGUCUGUCUGCCCUUCCACUCAGGACAUUUGUAGAUCUACUACCUUGCAUGAUUUGUCAGAAGAUGAGCUUGAACAUGCAACCCCUGUCAUGGUGCUGACUCCUUCUAAUAGGGAGUCUGGUAAGAAACAAGUAAAACGAAGGUUUAGGCGGAAAAGAGAAACUGGAGACAAUGGUGAGCAUACAGAAAAGCAAGGAAAGGGGAAAGACUGUAAAUUGCAUCCCAAGCCUGCGAGAUCCAUCUGGAAUACGUCUGAUUCAUCAUCAUCAUCAGAUGAGAGUCAGUGGGCUCAGGCUAGGCGGAGAGCAAGAGAAAAGGCCAGAAUGUCCAGGAGAGGGAGAAGGAACAAUAGAUCAUGCAGUAACCAGGAUGGUCCCUCAAACAGUAAUGCUAUUGAACUUGUUACCUUGGGGACAGUAGGGAAAAAGAAGCAAGAGGUAUUUGACCCUGAGAAUCCUACUUUAAAUCACCGCCGAAGAAGGAUUCCAAGGCUUAAGGAAUCACAGUCUUCAGCAUCAUCUCAGGAACCAAGAAUUUCCUCAAGAAAAUGUGGGAAAAGCAAAGCAAAAAGCUGCUACAGAGAUCAUCAGUCUGCAUCUUUCCUUAGACACAAUAAAGAUUUGAAAGACUGCUUUGCAGAGACAGGCUCUGGCAGUGAUGCUCUGGCAGUCCCAGAUCAUGGAGCACCUGCUGGGCCAGGGCCCAGUGUGACUGAUGCUGUUCAGAAGCUUCCAGUGUUGUAUGACGACUGGUCUGAUGAUUUAGAAGUAUGCAGGAUCUGUCACUGUGAGGGAGAUGAUGAAAGUCCCCUCAUCACACCGUGUCGCUGCACAGGGACCCUGCGCUUUGUUCAUCAGGCCUGCUUGCACCAGUGGAUUAAGAGCUCAGACACACGCUGUUGUGAACUCUGCAAGUAUGACUUUAUAAUGGAGACCAAGCUCAAACCUCUUCGGAAGUGGGAGAAACUACAGAUGACAACAAGUGAGAGGAGGAAAAUAGUUUGUUCAGUCACAUUCCAUGUAAUUGCAAUUACCUGUGUUGUUUGGUCACUGUAUGUUUUAAUUGAUAGAACCGCUGAGGAAAUUAAACAAGGCAACGAUAACGGUGUCCUUGAAUGGCCAUUUUGGACAAAACUUGUUGUGGUGGCCAUCGGAUUCACAGGAGGCCUGGUCUUCAUGUACGUGCAGUGUAAGGUUUAUGUGCAGCUGUGGCGCAGGUUGAAAGCCUACAACAGGGUGAUCUUUGUUCAAAACUGCCCAGACACUGCCAAAAAACUGGAGGAGAAGAACUCUUCAUGUACUCAGACCUCAGACAUCAAGGACGCAGUGGUGGUGCCAGUAGCACAGACAAGUACAAACUCUCAGCCAGCAGCUGAAGAAACAUCGUCCGAGGUCAUGCCUGUUUGACAGACACAGCCUCACUUCUUUCUUGCAGAAUAAGGUGUAGUGUUUUCUACACUACAAAUGCUAAAAAACAGUAUAAAUGACUGUGCAUUUUUUUUCAGUUUAAAAGAGAAACACAAAAAACACAAACAAAAAACCCAGAACUCCACGAGGAAAAUGGAUCCAGCAAAGGAACUUGUUACUUUAUGGAAUGUGACCAUUUGUGAAGUAUUUUCUCAACUAGUCAGCAAGUGUAGUGAAAGUGGAAGUGUAGAAAGUGCAAUAGAGAACAGGUUUAACAGACAAUGCCAAACAAAUGUGAUGACUCCUUUUUUUUUUUUUUAAAUUGGAUGGCUGGGAAGGCAGAAACAGACCUGAAUAAUCAUUCUGUUUACAGAAAACAAAAACCUUUCAUCUGUUUACUACUAACAUUUGUAUUUGCUAUUUAUCUUCUUACCAACAGACUUCAAAAGGGUACCAAUCAAGUUACAUGCAUUAACUGAACCGAAGUAUAAAGAGCUGUGUCACAGCACUCACUCUCAAAGCCUCACAUGUUAACAGACUUGUAUGUGACUGCAGUGGAGCCAGAAUGUUUGGGCAGCUGUGUCAGCUAAGGAUAUUUGAAACAUUUGAAAGGUAGCAUUGCUUUUAAAAAUUAUAUCCGAAGUUUGGAAAAGUAGGCAGUUCCAACCAGUGUAAACUCAUGUUUCCAUAACCUACAGAUUUUUUUUACGUAUAAAUGUCAGCAAAAUAAGUAGAGGAAGCAAAGAACGUGUAGAUAUCACAGAACCACAGAAUGGUAGGGGCUGGAAGGGACCUUUAGAGAUCAUCUAGUCCAAGCCCCCUGCAGAAGCAGGAUAUGUAUUGAGAAAAGCAGCUCAGCUGUUUGUUUUACUUUGUAAGAGUGAAUUAGACAUAAACUGGAUACACAAGGUUUUGAGGCAAAACAAAAUGUGAAAAAAAUGCAGUUUACUGUAGAACCAUACAAAAGUAAAUUGCAUAUUAUCAAAGGUCUGAAAAGGAAUGACAGGGAAGAUGAAAGCCAUUUUUGUUUUAUUUUAUCAGAUUCGUGAUACAGAAAGGUAGAUGUAAGUGAAUAUACCUACAUAUCUUAAGAGAACAUUAGAUUUUAUCUCCUUGUUCUGAAAAGUUAGUUUUUAUCUUCCUGACUGAAAAAAAUAAAUCAAUGGUUUUCCUCUGUACAGGUAAAUUUGAGGUGUUAGAGAUUCAACAGUUCAGUUGUUAACUUCGUGUUUUGAGCAUUAUCAUAUAAAAAUCAAGUGUGAAUAGCAUUAAAGGGUGCAAUAGAUAAAUGAAUGUAGAUAAUAUUACUGUGUCCAACAGGGUGAAUUAUAUAUAAAGAACUAAUUUUGUGAUUCAAUUCUCAUACCUGUGAUGUUUACCAUCAGGACACAACCGCAAGUAUUGACUUGGAGUAGUUAAGUACUGGCAUGGACAAGUCUGGGGCCUGAAUGUAAUGUAUAUUUAAAAAAAAAAAAAGUUCUUUUUUCAUCUUGUAUUUAGGUAAAGGAGGAAAAGCAAACAAGCCAACAACAAAAAAAACCAGAGUAAAAAAGACAGGAGGACACAUAUUCAUUGAAAGGGGGAAAUCUGCCACAAUUGCAAGUGAACUAGACUUCAACAGAAGCCUUGAGAUUUCUAAUGGUAAAUUUCCUCUCUACACACUCUAGUAUCUAUGAUUAAGUAACACAAUCAUUCUGUUCUUGCAAAUAUCCAGGGUGCUGGGCCAAAGAUGUAUUGGAGUUUAUAGAUUAGGCCAUUCCUUUGUGAAUGUGCUUACUGGCGUAAGGCUCAGGGAAUACUGGAAGUAGUAGUACUGGCAAGAAAUGUGUCUUUUAUCAGACCAUUAUGUUCUUUUGUAUUGGAAUUGCUCAUGUAAUUUGACUGUGACUAGAGUGACUGUCAUCUGGCUAGACAGAUACAAAAUCUUGGUGCUUGAACAGGCCCUAAAUACAUACUAGUAUUUCCUCUGAGUUACUACAGGUGAGUUGGACCAAUGUUUAAGGUUGGUGUUUUGUUUUGUUUUUUUCACCUAAUGACAUGCACGUUUCAUAGAAAAUAACUUUCCAGUUACACAACUGUGAACUGGAAGUGUAGCAGCUUCUCGUUUGAAAUGACAAACAAGAGUAACCAAAUAAUUUCUCUGUUUAAAAUUGUAGAGAAGACUUCAGGAAACAAUGACUGUACUAAGGGAUGCCUCAUAACUGCACAUAUUUAAGAUAGUCUGCAAAGGCAUGGUUUUCAAAAAGUGUAAAUCUACUUGCUAAAAGGUAAAUGUUAUGAUAUCUGAAGUCAGACACUUAAAAUUACAAGCUGCAUCUAAAUGUUUGGAAUUAUGUUUACAAUAAAAUCUGAUGAAUCAUAGCAAAAAUGACUGACAAGGAACAUUAUUAUGGAAGAUAAUUAAGAGCUUUCUGAAAUAAUCAGAAAGUUUCAUACUAAGUCUGUAGUGAACCUGCUUCUUUAGCCAGCUUAUUCUUUGACCUGCUGUAGCAUCAUGAACCUAUUUGAAAGUACUUUAUGCCCUAUUUUGACAGUUUACUGGAGACUAAUCCACGUUGAUUUUUGGGUUUUUUUUGAACGAGUAGAAAAUUCAACUCAAAAAACCCACCAAAAAACCUGAGGCUUUUGAAAGCACAUUUUUAGCAUCCAACAAGAUUACUGUAUAUAUUUUUAAAUACUCUGAAGCAUCAGCAACAGAACAUAGAAUCACAGAAUAGUUGGGGUUGGAAGGAACCUCUAGAGAUCAUCUAGUCCAUGUCCCCUGCUAAAGAAGGUUAACUUGAAAAUUUUAUACUAACAAGCUCAAAACUUUAUUUUGGCACUCAGCUCAACUACGCAACUGAGCUUAUAGUUAGCUAAAUGUCAGAAUGGAGAAAGGUUUCAGUUGACAUUCCUCCUCUGUUUGAAAUAUUGAUUUGGACAGCAGGAAAAAGAUCAAGAUGGGACAUUGUCUGCUGAGACAGACAAUGAGACAAGUGAGCAGCAAGAGAGAGUCCAGCAGGCUUGAAGCAGUCUUUAACUUUUUAAAGCAUUACAGUAUUAGCCAGUGCAUCACUUUCUCAGGUGCACUGGAUUUUUCUAGAGCUUUCAGGGAUUUCAUGUACGAUUAGAAUUUGUUUCUGAAGCAGAGUGCAGCCUCUUCAAGAGGGCAAGGAGAAAUUCACACCAACAUGCCUUGGAUACACGAAGCUGUAUGAAUACAGACACUAGACAGCUGUUUAACAACCAAUGUUUUUCCAUUCCCAUACAAAUCAUGAUUUUCUCUAUCCAUUUAAUAACCCCAAAAGAUUUUGCCUGGCAAAAACAGUAUACUGAAAGUUUUCAGAUACGUCCUAAAAACUUUAUUUAAUGAAAAUGACAGGCCAAAUAAAGACCUGUAUCUAACUGUGUAGCCACAGCACAUCUCCACACUGAUGAUGGAAUUUAGCCUGACCAAACACACAAGGGCAGAACCUUGCUCUGAGCUGUCAUUACCAAGAGAGCUUAGACUGCAUUCUUGUUUAAGCAAAGGUCAUCUGGUGUCAGAUCAGACCUGGAAUUUUAAACAAGAUGCUCCUAACCUGUAAACACGCACAUUUCUUUUCCUAAGUUACAUGCAUUACAAAGUUUAUUUCCAACUGGCAUAAAUAUACCACUUUUGACUAUCAUUACCAUUACAAAGACUGUCAACUAGUCCAACUGUGCCAUUCACACACUGCUCUAUCUGAAAGCAGUGUUUAUUUUUGUUGUGUAGGAAAAAAAAAAAACAGUAAUUCCCCACCACCAGAACAAACUAUUAUAAUUUCUAAUACUGCAAUGGAACCUAAUUUUAUGAUGAAAAUAUUUUACUGUGUAUAAUAUUUGGAACUACUAGUUUGUGUUACUUGUUUAACUCCCUCUCUUUUGCAAAACAAAAACUAUGUUUCUGUGGGUGAAUGUGUACUGAAAGACAGAAGGUAAGGGAAACAAAAGUAAUAUAUCUGCUUAUUGUUGUGAAA